AAUCCGCCGUUUUGGUCCGCAUUAAACAUGUUCCUUACUUAAAAUUCCGCUAAAAUAAUUGACGCUAAGACCCUCUACCUUAUUCAAACAACGCAUUAAAUGUUGUGAUAAAAAACAAGGCCGCCAUGGGAGCGGGGCGAUCUUGCACAUAAAUAUAUUUCGCUCCUGAUUUUGCGCUAAACUCAACUCAACUUAACCUAUUUAUUUCCCCCAUGGCUGGAGAUAUUCAUAACAUAUACAAACAUUGAUAGACAUAAAAUGUAUAUAAAAUAUGUAUAAUAAUUCAGUUAAUAACAGUUCAAAAUUAUUGCAUAUUGGUGUCAAAAUAUUUAUACAAACAUUGCAGGAUAUAGCAUAUCUAAGUAUAAAUAAAAAGCUUAUACUAGUAUUCUACAUGCAUAUAAAAUUAGUCAAUUUGACCUCCAUGAUAGUAUGGUUGUAUGAGAUUCGACGGAUGCAAAAAUCAUUUCAAAACGAAAUAGGUUUGCAGCAGCGAGUUAUGGCAAACAUAACAUUGUUAACGUUAGAAAGAUAACAUGAAUAUGGAUUAAUUGAUAAGAAUAAUCCAUAAAUUUCCAAGCAGUUUUAUAUGAAAAACGUCACUGUGUUGCAUGGUCGUUCCCGCCUAGACGAAACAGCACAUUGUAAAGAUUGGAUUUUACUAAGGAAAAACAUGGACGAAUGCCAUCGACUUGACAAAUUUAUCUGUAAUGUUUCCCGACAGUGUAUCCCUAAGGUAUUGGUAUGUAACGGAUAUCAAGAAUGCACUGAAAACGAAGAUGAAUCUCCUCCUACAUGCACCAAAGAAGUAUGCCGUCGAAAUGAACGGUUCUUUUGUGACGUGUCCCGGAUGUGCAUCGACGAGCUUUUCGUUUGUACCGGAUAUAAAGACUGUACUUCUGGUGAAGAUGAGUCUCCUCCGGCAUGCACCAUGGAUUUAUGCCAUGAAAACAACCUUUUCUUCUGUAACGUUUCCCGGCAGUGCAUCCACAAGGGUUUCGUAUGUAAUGGGUAUCCUGACUGUCCUCACCAUGACGACGAGGAUUCUCUUGCCUGCGCUCUCAAACGGCAGUGUGAAUCAAAUUGGUCCAUAAGCGAAGGCUGCUUAGGUCGAUGUAAACCUGGUUAUUUUGGCAAGAAUUGCGAGAAAACUUGCUCAAAACAAUGUUUGAAUGGGGCAUGUAAUAGUUCAAAUGGAAUUUGUAAGGACUGUAAUCCUGGUUAUUUUGGAAAGUAUUGUCAAACGUGUUCAGAAAAAUGUUUAAAUAAGAUAUGUAAUAGCUCAAGUGGAAUUUGUAAGGACUGUUCAUCUGGUUAUUUUGGCAAAUAUUGCGAGAAAAAUUGCUCAAAUAAUUGCUUAAAUGGCAUAUGUAAUAGAUCAAAUGGAAUUUGUACGGAUUGUAAAGCUGGUUAUUUUGGCAAGUUUUGCGAGAAAACAUGUUCAAAAGAAUGUUUGAAUGGGACAUGUAUUAGAGAAAAUGGAAUUUGUGAGUACUGUACACGCACGUAUUUAGAAAGUUGUUCAAUAGAAUGUGGCCAAGGAUGUAAAGAAAAAGACGGUUUCCCACAAUGUGACAGACAAAGUGGCAACUGUUUGAAUGGUUGUGUGUUAAAUUACUACGGGAACUAUUGCAACGAAUCAUGUAAUAACUGCAAAAGAAAUUCCUCAGUUGUCCUAUGUGAUAAUAACGGUGUUUGUCUGUAUGGGUGUAAGAACGAGUAUUGGGACGAAAGAUGCAGCUCUAAAUGCAGUGCCAACUGCAAAGGUGACGAACAAGGAAACCAGUGUAACUCAUCCACCGGAGAAUGUAUGAACGGCUGUAAACCUGGAUGGAGUGGUAACCUGUGUGGGGAUGCGAGCAGUUUCAAAACCAUGGCUACUGAAUCGACCGAUAAAGACCACUCAUUAAAGACACCAUUGAUUGUCAUAUCAGCUAUUUUCACCGUGGUUGUCGUUGCUGUCGGGAUUAUCUGCUACAUAUGGGCUCGAAAAAGGUUUAAUCGUCAUCAGAUUGAACAUAUGGAACCACGUCGAGUAUUUCCAGUUCACGUUCCACAAGGACGACAACCCUCCAGGUCUAGGAGACGGCAAAGCUCUCACGUAUAUUCCGACAUCGACGAAGAAACGAUGGAAAAUUAUCAUUACAUCUGUGAGCAAAACCCACCAGAUCACUAUGAUAAAGUCAACGAUCGGCCGCCUUGUAUCUGUUCACAUUGUGUUCGCGAGAGAGUGCAGCCAAUGUUGAACAGGGCUCCAUCGUGCUUCUCCGUUGUCAAGCCGUAUGCAACAGGAGGUGGGGACAUUAGAAGAACGAGCAGCAUCCACAGCUAUAUAAGCAAUAGAGAAUUAAACACCCGACGAAGCAUCACAGAAUAUGGUAGUGAAAGCGGAAUCGUGUCUACGAAGGAAAUUACGGACGAUAGUAAUUCCCGACGAAGCAUCACAAACUCUGGGGGCAAAGAUGAGCUUGACAGUGCCGGAAAAACUAAACCCAGGCUGGGCGUAACACAUUCUGACAGUGAUCUUGAACGUGUUGACAAGAAAAACAAAACGAAGGGAGAUACUCCACGACGAUGCGUCGCAAAAUCAAAGAGCAGUAUUGAACUUGUAAGCACGAACGACUACCUGGACCUUGAAGCACUGUAUCAAACAGCGAAGGAAGAAGAUCGGCGAAAGUUAGCUGCUAAAUAUUUCGACGAGGGGGAGGAAGUAUUUGGCAACUUAGGACAAUUUCAAUCGAAUUCUACUAAUGCUAUUGCGAGGGAAGACUGUGAACUGCUUAGUAAUGAAUUAGAACACCAAAAUAAAGGACAAAAUAUAGAGUCUCCCCUUUUAAUUAGUCGAUCAGAAUUAAUCGAAGAAAGCUGUUUUGCAGAUGAUAGAGAUUUAAAUGGUACACAACAGCCUGCUCAGCUACAACAUGACGCAACAAUGGCCGAUCAAACAAACACUAAAGGACAAUAGCAAAUGACAAUAUACUUUUAAAAGCGAUACAGGAUUUAUGUUGUCGAUUGGGUUUUUAUUAAUCACCCCAUAUUCACCCGAAAGAUACACACACACAUAUAUAUGUAUCGUUACAACCGAUGUUUCGGCAAUAAAUUAGAUAGUAUCCAUGGGGUUUCAUUAAAACUGCUCAUCAGUAGAGCUUUAAUGAAUGCUGUGUCGUGACAUAAAAUCGAGUUUUCAGACAAAGGAUAAGUGGACACUUUUAGGUCGAUGUAUGAUGAUAAGAAUUACAUACUUUUCCCUUUUGUGUAUAUAUAUUGAACUUUAGUUGUCAACAUAACAUAAGAGUUGAUUUGAAAGGUGAUUCGGGCAUACUAUUUGUUUUAUCAGUUAAAUUAUCCAGGUCAAGUAUGGAUGAUAUAUUGCAUUUUGUAGUUUUAGAUGUUUGUGAAUGUGGCGCACGUACGUAAUUAAAUAAUUUUAUCAUUCUUACGUUAGUAUUGUUUUUUUAAUGUGUAAACGCGUAUUUAGAUAACACGCCUGUUCGAAGUAUUGAAAAGUGCACAUUGUGGCUUUAAGUUUGUAUAAUGUGACGUGUUAAAACUCAUUCUUAUCGAUAUUGUCUAAAGAAGUAUUUAAAAUAGCCUACCUGUAUGAGUGAUGAAAUAUACUACUUUGUAGUGUGUAAGAGAUGAAAGAUGUGACGUAUGAAAACAGUAUUAACCUUAUUAAUGAAUAAAUGCGUUAUUCUUUUUAAAUAAGUUUCCUGUAUGAGGUAAAGAUGAUAAAGAUUGAUACUUUGUAGUUUUUUAGAGUUUGAAAAUAUGAAUGUAUGAAUGACAAUAUGCUUAUACGUUAAUAUCUUUAUUAAUGAAUAGAUGCGUAUUAAAUUAGUAUGCCUGUAAGAGAUGAUGUUAAAUACUUUGUACAUUUUUAAGUUUGAAUAUGUGACGUAUGAAAACAUGAAUAGCUAUAUCAUUAUACGUUAUUUUCAUUAUUACUGAAUAAAUGCAUAUUCAACAUAGAAUUCCUUUUAGAGAUGUUAGUGGUGUAUAAUUAGUUGUAUUUUUAAGUGUUUGAAUAUGUGACUAAUGAAUGCAUGAAUGCUAUAUACUUAUACGUUUUCUUUGAAGGAUGGUGAAAGGUUAUACUACCAAGAUGAUAGUGUUCACUAUGAAGGAAUAAGUUAAGGUCACUUGAAUCUUAUUUUUGUUUUGGUUUGCUUUUUUUUAAGAUAAAGACAAUGAAUUAGUUUUUACAACAUCAUCCUACACUUAAAGGUAAAAAUACUAUAGAAGAGCUUUGUUUUAAAAGACUACAGCAUGAUACUUCGACUUUAUUUAAACUCAUAUAAUAUUAAGGUUCUUAUUCAGGUAAUACUGCCAAUUGACUAAAGAUUGUGAGUUAACUUAAAUGGGUGUACUCCAAUUAAAUAAUUUUUGAGCACUGGACAUUUAAUGUUUGUCAAGUCAAAGAAAUAUGUAGUACGUACUCUGAUGUACGAUGUAAAUAUGUACUUUUAUUUAAUAGACGUAUACCAACUAUGUAAUCGUUUAUUCAAGUAGUUACAUCCGAUACAUAAUAUGUAUUACGAAAAGUACGUAUCUAUGUUUACAAUGUAUUUAGUUAGAUCAGUUGAAAUGUAUUCGUUUUAAACCAGAUAUUGAACUAUAAGUACUAUGCCAAUCAUCGUCAGCGGUACGUUUAAAAAAUAUUAAUGUCAAUUUAGUUACCCUACUUAUUUGAGAAUAAUACUUAAAUCUAAUCAUGUGGAAGCAUAUACAUAUAUGUUGUUAAUAAGGGAAUGUUUAGCCUAAACUUACACAGAUUUUGUUUUGAGAAAAUAAGGUCACAUCUUUGUAUAAUAUCUCUUACCUGAAAAAAAUAAUUCGCUUUUGAAUCUUUUUAUUUAAUCAAACAAAAACUCAUAAAAAUAUAAUAUAAUAUUUUAUUACAGCUUUGAUAACUAUUUUGAUUCAGAUAAUUACGUAAUUUUAUAAAUUAAGACAAUGACAGAUAUUUAUUAAAAUUUAUUUUUCCGUUUAGAUGUAAUAUUUCUUUCCACAAACCCGACUGACCCUAUGCUUUCCGUACGACCAAGAAAGUUUUUACUUAUGUUGUGUGGCUUCAUGCAUACAUGUUAUAAUUUGACCAUAACGAAUUAUAAUUUGACCAUAAUAUAUUAUAAUUUGACCAUAAUAUAUUAAGAUUUGACCAUAAUCUGUUAAAAUAUUCUACAAUAGUGAUAUACCCUGAUAUAGGUCUGUUGAAUCCCGGUUAUUAAUCAUAAAAUAAAAAUAAUAUGCCUGUCGAUCACAGGGUCAUGUAAGCCUAUUUUAAAUAUAUAUUUCGUGCUAUAUCUUCUUCAAUCUUCUUCUACCCAGCCUAUUAUUUCCGAUAUGUAAGUAAAAACAAAGAACUUUAUUUUUGCCUAAGGCUCCAUACAUAUUUUUUUUGGAAAACAGUUUAUUGUAGAGAUUUACGGAUAUAAUAAUGUUAUAAUAUUUAUUGAAAGCUUGUAGCAGCUAUCGUGUAACUGUAUAUCCUCAAAUAAAGUAAACCGGAUGACUGAACCAUACAUGAUGAUCAUGAAAUAACUUAAAGUGUCGGAUCUUAUUCUUAAAAAAGUAUAAUUUAUAAAAUAUGAUUUUCUAUACAGAGAUGAAGUAUCUGAUACAACCUUACUAUAAAUGUAUAUAAAUAUACACGAUAGCAAACAAAUCUACAUUUACUCAAUUGCUACUAUUAUAAAAUGUCAUAUAUAUCUGAAAAUUGA